AUGAGAACUCUGGGGGAAGGGAGCCAGCUGAACCUGGGUAGUGUGGCCUCUCACACCUCUUUGUGCUUGCAAAGAUACGGAUUUCUGUUACUGCUCCUUCUUAUCAAAACUGUUACUGCACCAGGGAAGAAGAACAUCAUCAGUAAACUUGGAGACAACGUCACACUAAGUUGCAUUUAUAACGAAAAAAAACCCUUGCAAUUAAAACAUCUACGGGUAUAUUGGCAAAUAGCUGAUGAUUCCUACCAAGAAAAGUGUUCAGUUGUACAUGCACUGAUCUCUGGCCGAGAUGAUAACAGUAAUCAGUGUAUUCGCUUUAAAGACAGGACUCAGUUAUUCUGGGAUAGGUUGGAAAAUGGUGAUUUUUCUCUGCUAUUGCUAAAUGUCAGCCAGAGUGAUGCACAUACAUACAAAUGCAUAGUGCAGGAGAAAACUGAACUUGCCAAAGUGAUUCACCAGGCAGAAGUGGUUCUCAGCUUAGCCGCGAGUUACAGCCAACCAAUACUCAGUGGACCAAUAAGAAACAGUGACAGCACUGGAGAGGAGGUGACCUUUUACUGCAGGUCUGGCAAUGGAUACCCAAAGCCCAAUGUUUACUGGAUCAAUAAAGUGAACAACAGUCACCUGAAUUCAUCACAAACAGAGAUCAUACCCCACAAUGAUGGCACUUUCAGUGUUUUCAGCACGCUGAAGGUGAAAGCCACUUCCAACAUGCAAAUAGAGUGCUCCAUAGAAAAUGAGAUGCUGCAGGAAAAUCUGUCAGCCAACUACACGCAGCAGAAGAAAAGCAGUGGUCCUGGCACAGAAAGUGAAAAAAAAACAGAAAAAAAAGGACGAGGUGCUCAAGCAGCUGGCAUCAUUAGUAUUGUCUUUGUGAUAGGUAUUCUAACUGGUUUAAUCUGCUGGCUGUGGAGAAGGAGGUCCUCUAAUCUAGUGUCCUAUAAAGAUGUCCAACAAAGAGAAGACCAAGGAGGACUCAGCUCACCUGCCUAAAUGGAAGGUCUGCCAACAAUUUGGACAGCUGGAGAUGUGUCAAGAGAAGCAUCACUCCCUCAGUGGCAGCAUUGUUUGUAGUACAAGUGACAGACUUCUGCCAAGAGAAAUGGCAAAAAAAAAAAAAAAAGCUUCUAGAACACAAGAGAGAGGAAAAUCUGCUGGAUUUUCAUUCCAGCCACUGACUGUGUCCACAGAACAGUUGUGUCAGCACUCCAGCUCAGAACUUUGGACAGUCCUCUGUGAUUGUCAGUGAUUUGGGCACCUGUACCGGGGAAAGGAGAAAGCCUGGGACUCAGCUGCUCUGUGCCAGACCACUGGAAGCUGGUGACUGUCCAGCCUCUCAUCACAAUCCUUGAGGACUGUCAGGAGCAGAGGCAGCCACAUUCAGGAGGAUGGGACUUUCUUGCUGUCACCUUUCCCUGAGGAUGGCUACUGCAUGUGAAGAAAGGCAGCUAAAACCAAGAAAGAAAACUGAAAGGGUCUGCAGAGUGAGAUUUGUGACCUCUUCCAUGUUGCUCUCUCUCUAGACUACAAUCCUUUCAUUGUCUCUUUUCACCAGCUGCUACUGUGUACAGAACCAGGCAGAACACUUUGACCCAGUCCUCCAAAAACAGGAGUUGCUCUAAUGGGAUCAAAUACUGAAUGUGUUAUCAUAAGGGAAGGUGCCUUCUUUAAGCCUUGAUAGCAAUAUUUUGGUUUCUACCAAAUAUUCCACCAAAAAAGGGGACUUCCACUUUCAACAGGAGCCAGCUGUGAGAAAAAACAGGCUGUGGAAAUCUGACCAAUUAAAAAUAGUGCUCUCUGCUAUGUGACUGUCAUGUUACCUGGACUUACCCUUCUCAGGAUGGAACAAAAACUGUGGUUGAGCUCUGCUUGAUUCAACUGAAUCUUUUUUAAGCACCUUCCUGUGGCUUCCAGGGAGGAUUUUAAACUGAAGUUUUAAACUAAACUUGAGCUUGUGUCUCAUCCUAGCAUGCACCCAACAAAACAAAAAAAGAACAAAAAACACAUUCUAUCAGUGUGUUGUCCAUGAAUAUCCAGAAAGCCAAAAACUGCAUUUUCCUUGUGCCAGUGCAUGUGCCUUGCUGUUUCAGACCCAAGUCAGCCAAACUGAGUGGCUGAAAAUAGCAAAACAGUAAAAUUUGCUGAUAAUAUGAAAUUUUGAAGGAGGAGGAAUUUUUACUAGCUGUCUUUCCCAGAUGGGACAGUUUCCCCAUCUUGUCAUGGGCAGAUGGAGAUUGUUAUUUUAAAUUGAGCUCUGGAAACACUUGACCUCUCCUGCACGAGUUGCUAGACUAAAAUUGUAUGAUUUUUGUGAAUAAAUCAGAGCCUUGUUUGUUCUUGCUCUGUGUGUAAGAGGCACUCCAGUAUCAACUGAGCUCAGACACUGAUUUUUCAUAUGAAGAUCAGCUUUCAAUUUCCAGCCGAGUGAAAAUUCUGUUGUACUCACAUCAUGUGGAAGCAGGACCAUCUGGCAAUAGUGCAGCAGUUAGUUUUUGUCAAAGCAAUACCCCCAGGGAAGCUCCCAGCUGAGUUGCUGUGCUUUCCACUUUUAUAUUCUGCAACUGUAAUGGUUCAAAGAUAUAAGUGACCUAGCAGUGACUCUGCAGUAGGGUAUUGAAACAAAUUUAGACUGGUUUUGUUACUUCUGGGCUACUUCAUGGAUACACCUAAAUACAAAAGCCUUUUCUUGCAAAAUCUGUGCUUUCAUUUAGCUUAGGGUUCCAGCUAUUCCUAGAGGUCAAUAAAUCCUAGAUAACAUUCAAAGGACUUGGGAAUUUUGUAAUAACAUUUUUUUUGUCUUCACUUGCCAUGUUU